AUGCUUCCAAACAGCGGAAAAUUGGCAGGGCGAACAUUGUUCGUGACGGGCGCCAGCCGUGGCAUCGGUAAAGCCAUCGCCCUGAAAGCGGCCCGAGACGGCGCCAACGUGGUCAUCGCUGCCAAGACGGCACAGCCGCACCCCAAACUCCCCGGCACAAUCUUCAGCGCCGCAAAGGAAGUGGAGGACCUGGGCGGGAAAGCGUUGCCGUGCGUGGUCGACAUCAGAGACGAGAAACAAGUGGAAGACGCCGUCCGCAAAGCCGUCGACGCCUUCGGAGGCAUUGACAUCUUGGUGAACAACGCCAGCGCCAUCAACCUGACGGGAACUUUGGAAACCCCCAUGAAGAAGGUGGACCUCAUGCUGGGAAUCAACCUAAGAGGAACAUACAUGACGUCGAAGUUGGUGAUUCCGCACCUGUUAAAGAGUUCAUCUCCGCACAUCCUCAACUUGUCUCCGCCUCUCAACCUUAACCCCAUCUGGUUCAAGAAUCACACAGCGUACACCAUGGCCAAAUACGGCAUGUCCAUGUGCGUCCUGGGUAUGGCCGAAGAGUUCCGAGGUCAGAUUGCCGUCAACGCGCUGUGGCCCCGCACAGCCAUCCAGACGGCGGCCAUGGACAUGCUGGGCGGCGAGGGCAUUGGCAAGCAGUGCCGCACGGCCGACAUCAUGGCAGACGCCGCCUACGCCGUCCUGACGCGGCCCAAGACUUUUACCGGCAACUUCCUGGUGGAUGAGGACGUCCUGAGGGAAGAGGGUGUGCGCGACAUGGAGCCCUACGCCGUUCAGCCGGGUCACCCGCUGCUGCCCGACUUUUUCCUGGAUGAGGACCCCGAGGCCCUAGCCCGACAGAUGGAGCAGCACGGAGCCACGCCCGCCUUUAAGCCAUCCGCGUCGUCGGCCCCGCCCUCUCCGGGCAGCCCCGUGGAAAGCACCUUCGAAGUGAUCCGAGGCCUUCUCAGCGAGGACUUGGUCAAGUCCACUCAAGCGCUCUACCGCUUCGACCUCUCAGGAGAGCACACCGGCGUGUGGUUCCUGGACUUAAAGAGCGGCUCGGGUGGCGUGGGGCGAGGCGAGCCUCGAGACCCACCCGAUGUGGUCAUGACCAUGGACUCUGAAGUCUUUGGCAAAAUGUUUGCCGGUAAGCUAAAGCCGACGCUGGCCUUCAUGUCGGGGAAGCUACGCAUCAAAGGCGACAUGACGGCAGCUAUCAAGCUGGAGAAGAUGAUGGCGCGCGUGUCCAAGCUGUGA